AUGAACUUUGCAAUGCGGCUGAGCUUUGAGAAAGAGGUGAUGAGAAGUUCAUCUUGUCUUCGUCGAGAAAGACAAUGGUCAGUGAUGACAUAUCUAUACCUUGCUGUUCGAUAUUUUGGCAUUUUGGUUGUAAUUUGUUACGGUAUAUUUCUGUUUAUGCAAUGGGGAAUUUCUGCAUAUUCUGCCUUGACGAAAGUUAUUCUCAUUUGGCGUCUUUACGCCCUAUACAACCAAUCCAAAUACAUACUUUAUGUUCUACUGGGGUUGUUCCUACCAGUCGUUGCGCUCUACAUAGCGGUGGAUAUAUUUUUAUGGAGUCGACCCUCAGCGAUCUCAGUGCAAGAAAUAAUAAUAACUCCAAACAUCAAGUACUGCGGGGCUUUAUUCCACAUUGGGCCUAUGCCUGCGAUAUUUGCUUCCAUCCCCAUCAUAUGCUAUGAUAUUUUACUGGUUGUUCUCGCCAUCGCCACCCUCUGGAACCACCUGAAAGAACGGAAGGAACUUUGCAUGAAGCCUAACACCUAUGUGGUCAUGAUCGUCCGAUAUCAUAUCAUAUACUUUGUCAUGAAUUUGGCAAGUCAACUCUUCACGGCGAUAUUGUGGGCCAACCUUCCAAUAGUAGUGAUGUAUCUCAUACUGUUGUUCAACGAUACUGCGCCAUUCAUUCUCGUGCCACGUCUCAUCAUCAGCAUUUGGGAAACGCAUGCCAACGACAACUGUGUACAUGUCAGUACGACGUUCGAGGAUUGCGUUUGUUGGACUUCGCCACCGGUAUUGGAGCAGCACGAAAUGGACUCGGGUGUCAGUCCGUAGUGUUAUAUUGAUACAUACAUAGCUAGAACAACAGGAUAUAUCAAUAUAGUGAUUCAUCAGUGAUUUGAUGUAUUAUGGAGAUUUAUCAAUCGGGAUUCUCCACAUCA